AUGACACUCAAUAACUCUGCUUCCACCUUCCAGCUUACUGGCUUCCAAGGCCUGGAGAAAGCACAGCACUGGAUAUUCAUCCCAUUAUUGGUAGACUACAUCUCCAUACUUCUUGGCAAUGGAACUCUUCUCUUUCUCAUCAGGAAUGAUCAUAACCUCCAUGAGCCCAUGUACUAUUUCUUAGCUAUGUUGGCAGCUACAGACCUCGGAGUGACAUUGACCACAAUGCCCACAGUGCUAGGUGUUCUAUGAUUAAAUCACAGGGAGAUUGGCCAUGUGACCUGCUUCUCUCAGACCUAUUUUAUCCAUACUCUUUCUGUCGUGGAGUCAGGUACCUUGCUUUCCAUGGCUUAUGACCGUUUCAUUGCUAUCCGCAACACCUUAAGAUAUACCUCUAUCCUGACCAACACCCAGGUAAUGAAGAUUGGUGUAGGGGUAUUGACAAGGGCUGGUCUGUCCAUUAUUCCAAUAGUUGUUCACCUACACUGGUUUCCCUAUUGUCGAUCCCAGGUACUCUCCCAUGCUUUCUGUCUACACCAAGAUAUCAUCAAGCUAGCCUGUGCUGACAUCACCUUUAAUCAUCUCUAUCCAGUUGUAGUUUUAUUUGCAAUGGUCUUGUUGGACUUUCUCGCCAUCUUUUUCUCCUACAUUUUCAUUCUCAAGACUGUCAUGGUCAUUGGUUCUGGAGAAGAAAGGGCCAAGGCCCUCAACACAUGUGUCUCUCAUAUCUGCUGCAUCCUGGUCUUCUACGUCACUGUAGUUUGUCUGACAUUUAUUCAUAGAUUUGGAAAGCAUGUUCCUCAUGUGGUUCACAUCACAAUGAGCUACAUCUACUUCCUUUUCCCACCUUUUAUGACCCUGGUUAUCUAUAGCAUUAAAACUAAGCAGAUUCAGAAUGGUAUACUUUGCUCAUUCUCUCUGCCUCGCUCUAGAGCGUGA